CCGCCAAAGCUAUUAUCCACUGCCACGCUGGACGAUGCAAAGCAAAUACGUAACACUCUCCUCCAAACGCUCUCACGUCGUGUCGAUUCGAAGUCGGUCAUUAUUUUUAGAGCAGUUGGACCAGUCGCGUAUUCAAUCCGCACGAUAUUCAUGGCCUUUUCUCGCUACGUUGGCAUCCUGACGCUUGUCGCUGGAUGCCGUUUGCCUUCUGGCGUCCUGGCUCUCUGGCCAAUCCCAACUACCCUUGAGACAGGGAUGACCGCCGUCACAAUCUCCCCUACAUUCUACUUUGAUGUGCAGGUUACAAGCGCGCCGGCGGAUUUACACGAGGCAGUUUCACAAUCGCAAUACUAUCUCGAAAACGACAAACUUGGACGUCUCGUCGUCGGACGUGGGGCAAAUGAUACUACCGCGCUUGCUAGCGCGAAAAUCCUUUCGAAGUUAACGCUGUCUCUCACGAGCAGUGCUGCUGCAGAGCCCAUUGCUUCUGAAGCUGUGAAGCCUCUAGGCACCCGUAGCGAGGAGUAUGCCUUGACGAUUCCAGCAGAUGGCUCGGCUGCUACUUUGACGGCGAACUCGACCUUGGGUCUGUACAGAGGGCUCACUACUUUCAAUCAGCUUUUCUACUACUAUGGAGGAGUAACCUACACUUUGCUGGCCCCAAUUGUCAUCACGGACACUCCUGCAUAUCCCUUCCGAGGAUUAGCACUGGAUACCUCGAGGAACUACUACCCCGUCGCUGAUAUUUUGCGAACUUUGGACGCGAUGAGCUGGGUCAAGAUCAACACUUUCCACUGGCAUAUCACAGACAGUCAGAGCUUCCCGCUCGAAAUCGCACAGUACCCCGAGCUGGCUAUGAAUGGUGCAUACUCUGCUCAAGAGGUUUACACCGCGAGUGAUGUACAAUACAUCGUCCAGUAUGCUGCUGCAAGAGGUAUUGAUGUUAUGAUGGAAAUCGAUACACCCGGCCACACCGCCAUUAUUGCAGCCACUUACCCCGAAUACGUCGCGUGCUUUGACGCUACGCCGUGGUCCCAGUACGCAAACGAGCCCCCUGCUGGCCAGCUUCGUUUCGCACUCCCCGAGGUUAUCAACUUCACUGCUUCCAUGCUCUCCGAUGUCGCAAAGACCCUACCUUCGUACUACUUCAGCACUGGCGGCGAUGAAUUGAACACGAACUGUUACGCCAACGACUACCUCACGCAGCAGCAGCUCAACAGCACCGGCAUGACGCUGAAUGGUGCUCUGGACGCGUUUACACAGACUACUCACGGCGCACUGAUUGCUGAGGGAAAGACGCCGGUCGUAUGGGAAGAAAUGGUCCUCAACUGGAACAUCACGCUCUCCAAUGAGACUAUCGUGAUGGUCUGGAUUUCUUCUGCGGAUGCUGCAGCAGUGGCAGAAAGGGGCUUCAGGAUCGUCCAAGCACCAUCAAAUUACUUCUACCUGGAUUGUGGUGCCGGUGAAUGGCUGGGAGACGACCCAGCUGGAAAUAGCUGGUGCGAUCCCUUCAAGACCUGGUCCGAGGCGUAUACCUUCGACCCGUUGGCGAACUUGACCGAGGCGCAGUACGGACUUGUUCUCGGAGGCGAGCAGGCUUUAUGGAGUGAGCAAUCUGGUCCCCAAAAUGUGGACCCCAUUGUGUGGCCGCGUGCUGCAUCAUCGGCGGAGAUUUUCUGGAGCGGCAAGCAGCCCACUGGCGCCGCACUAAACGUUACCGAGGCACUUCCUCGGUUACAUGAUGUCCGGUAUAGGAUGGUACAGCGCGGGAUCAAUGCCAUCCCACUUCAGCCGCAUUGGUGUGCGAUCAGGCCAGACGCUUGUGAUUUGUACGCUUGAAAGUUAGAAUGGGCUGGAAAAUUGAUUCGAUCUGGGGUCUUUACACGAAUAAUUGAUGAAGUCAUGCAAAGUAUUCACGAUGCUACUUCGAGGGAAGGAAUGAGGGCAACGUAUUCGGCUCGCUGCCUCGUCUGUCCUCAUCAUUUCACCUCCUUGAGACGAUUGCACUGCGCCAAAAAUGCCUUCAACUCCUCAUGGGGCCACGGUUGUAUCGAGUAGGUCAGAGAACUGGUUUGCGGACCCCGCGAUGUGAGUGAUGCGUAAG